UCCAGCCGGUUUAUUUAAAUUUUAGUGUUUUUUGUUUGUUUUUUGGGUUUUUGAAUCAUGCCGAUCGGUGCUUUUCCCGUAGCCAAACUUGGAUUUUUGUUCGUUAGGCACAUUAGCAAGCCUAUAGCUACUAACAUUAUUUCUUAUGCUAAAAAACAUCCUGUUUUCAGAAAACAGAUUUGCAUGCCUCCCGCCCAAUUUUACAACUGGUGUGAGGUGAAAAUGAAAAUGUGGGUUAUGAACAUGGGAAAGCCGGUCGACAUUCCUCAACUGAACGAAGCGAUGGCGAUAGAACUGGGCGCGAAUCUAUUAGGCGAGACUAUAAUAUUCAGCAUAGCCGCUGUUGUCUUGUUCCUCGAGUAUGCAAGACAGGUGAGGAAGGAGACAAAAAAGGAAGAGGGGAGGCAGAGAGAAAUAACCGAACUGUCCGAAGCCCUUCAGAACGUUACGUUCACGGUUGAGAAACAAGGUGUCGAACUCAAGGAAUUGAGGCGAAAGAUGGUUGACUUGGAGACCAAAGUCGACAUUGCCUUGCACAGGCCUUUCAGACCGAAAACGCCGCCUUCGGACGGCGGCACCAUUAAGAACGGUUUGCGCCACGAGACCCAGCAUACAGAACAUCAACACUUUGCUGGUAAACCCUACGAAUUAAAAUACAACGGUACUGUAUUGAAAGCGCUGGACUAUUUGACUUUUCAAAUCCCGAAUGGAUACUAUCGAUAAAGAACACUUUUAGAAAAAUUAGUUUUAAACUAGUUUGUGAUUUAAUUAUUAAAAGUAUAAUAAUUGUGUACAUUUGUAUAGGCGAAUCAAUGCAUUAUGAAGUCACUGAGUGUUGCGUUUUAUUUUAAAUUUAAGUUAUAAACAAAAGUAAUAAAUAAAUCUGGAAAAGGAGCUGUGCCUUGAAUAUUUAAUUUUUUUUUUUUUUUUUUUUUUAAUUGUAUCUCACAAUGAACUCUCAAUCAUGUACUUUUUAUAAUAAUUUAAUUACUAAACUUCUUUGUUGGGGAAAAAAGAAAAUACAAUAAUUUGGAAAUCAUAUUCUAUCAAAUAUAUAGUUAUUAUGAAAAAUCAUUAAUCACAACAUUACAUAAUAA